UCUCUAUAGCACUUUUAUCUGAUCCCACCCAAGAUCAGGCUGUGGGUGAAUCAGACGGGAAGAUGCCACGAGGAUUUUUAGUGAAACGGAGUAAACGCGCCUCCUCAGCAUCCUACAAAGUGCGCGUUGAAGAAAAAGAGUUACGCAAAGCGGACCUGCCUAUCCAAACCACGCACGGACCUACUAGUGUCCCAUCUGAAUGCACAGACGUGGUGGAACCUAUCAGAGAAACAUGGACAAGUGGUAUAGCAUCUAAAAACGAGUCUGGAGGAGCUGUUGAAGAAAGCACUGUCGAUUACGCACAAAGUUACUUGGAACAGACCGCACCAUCUCUCCACCACAUAACCGACUCAAGCAGCCCGAUCAAGCCCGUCAGCACAGAGACAAAACAGUCGUUUUUGGACAGGUGCUUCAGUUCACCCGCCACGGCAGAGUCGUUUCCAUUGGCCACCCCGGUGUCUUCAAUCGAGCGUCUCCUUAUGAGCCACGCCGACAUGAAGUUUGGCACACCCGUGUCCACUUCGUUGCCCCCCUACCCCUCAUUUCACCAGUGCGUAAAGCGCGCAUUCGUCGACCAGUCAGAGCGCAAGAGCAAAGCGCCCAGCAAAAAGCCUAAAGUCAUCAGAAAACUCAACUUUGAAGACGAAGUCACCACGUCACCCGUCCUCGGGCUCAAAAUAAAAAAGGAAAGCCCUGAAACGAAACUGGCACCUUCAUCCAGUGGAAGAAACAAGCCUUUGGGUGAGUUUAUAUGCCAGCUUUGUAAGGAAGAAUACCCCGAUCCGUUCUCUUUGGCGCAGCACAAGUGUUCCAGGAUCGUGCGCGUUGAGUACCGCUGUCCGGAGUGCGAUAAAGUUUUCAGCUGUCCCGCCAACCUCGCCUCGCACCGUAGGUGGCACAAACCUCGCAACCUCAGCAGCGGAGACACCCAGAAAAAGUCUCAGAUGGAGGUGCGUAACAACGAGAAGACAUCAGUGGAGGGGAAGGAAAACGCCAGUAAGAUCAGAAUCAACAAUCAGCACCACUUAAAUCCGGACAGCUCCCAACAUCCCAGAUCAGCACCGGACAGCAAUAUGCCACACGGAUUGUCCCAAAAUCCUCCUCUGGACCAAAGGUACCCAACCACCGACAAGUGCUAUGAUCUGCACGCUGACAACUCCAGGUUGUUCGAUCACUGCCCAGAAGAAUCCGACAGUUCCACCACCCCUUACCUACCCUCACCUGGGCCAGAAGACGUGUACGAAUGCCACUACUGCGGCAAGAAGUUUCGCAGACAAGCCUAUCUGAGAAAACACCUUGCUGCGCACGAGACAAUCAAAUCUUCUUUUAAUCAUAUAGAGAGCGGACAGAUCACUUUUCCGUGCCACCUCUGCGGUGCGCAUUUCCCCUCCGCCGAGAUAAGAGAGAAACACAGACUCUGGCACGCAGUCAGAGACGAUUUAUUACUGAGACCUGAUCUGAGCCCCGCUGAGCAACAGAUAUACUCGUGCAAGCACUGUCCCUCCACUUUCUUUAGUUCUCCAGGUUUGACCAGACACAUCAACAAGAGUCACCCAACAGAGAACAGACAGGUGAUGCUGCUGCAGAUGGCGGUCAGGCCGGGAUGCUGAAAAACAUGUUUAAAGGGAUAGUUCACCCAAAAAUGAAAAUUCUGUCAACAAUUACUCACUCUCAUGUUGUUACAAACCUGUAUACAUUUCUUUGUUCUGAUCAACACGAAGGAAGAUAUUUUGAGGUAUGUCGUAACCAAACCCUUCGUGAGCCCCAUUCACUUCCAUAGUAGGAAGUGAAUGGGGCGCACGAACGAUUUGAUUAAGAACAUUCCCUUAAAAUGAUGACUUUUUGGGUGAACUAUCCCUUUAAUGGCACGCGUGUUGUUGUUAUUACUUCUCUUGGCUUAUUAAUAGACUACAUCCAGUAUCUUUGUGUGGGAAUAUUACAUUUAUAGAGACAUAUUUAUAUAAAUCCUUUGACGGUAACGUUUUAUUGACAAACGUUACUGUAUAUAAUGCUUAACUUGGUAGUUCAUGCAUAUGAGUGAAUCAAUGUUUGUUUGAUUCACCAUUUUUAACUAUUUAAUGAUCUGUUAAGCAUUGUAUAUAUUUUAAUGCUAUCAAUAAAAGUUAUUAAAGAGUUGCAUUAA